CCGUUCAUCACUUGGAUACGGCCCGAAAGAUGCUGGAUGGUCAGCAUGGACGUUCUUCGUGCACGAGAGCGUUCUGGCUACAUUUUGAUGGAAACUUCUUUGCCGGAAGAGGAGCUGGUCAAAUUGCAGGCCGGUCGAGGACCAAAUGUCUUUCGAUGGAAUGGUCGCGAAUGCUAUGGAUCUACCAUCCACUUAGCUGCGCUGAGCGGGGAUCUCGAAGCUGUCAAGCAUGCACUCCAGGAGGAUCCCCAACAGAUUUCCAGCCGCUUCACCUACAGUUCAAGAAGUCCACAAGGCCAAGAUCAAGAAGGAAGCGGUGAAGCAAUUCACUUGGCUGCGUCCAAAGGGCAUGAGGAGGUCGUGCACUUGCUGGUGUCUCUGAGCGCGCACAUCUCUAGCAAGGUCACUCGUGGGAAUGUGCCUCACUACAAUGUUCUUCAUGCUGCUGUGUAUGCAGAAGGCAAGGGAGGAUCCAAAUCGAUGGUGUCCUAUUUGUUGGGAGUGAAAGCAGACCCAGAGCUUCCAAAUGUGGAUGGAAGGAGUGCCUUGCACUUGGCCUAUCAGACUGGCAGCAUCCAGCUCAUUAAGCUCUUACAUGAAGCAAUUCCUGAUUGGCUUGCAUUUGAGGAUGCAGUCGUGAGAAACGAGCACCCCUUGCCUCUAGAGAUUGGAGUUCAUUUUGACAAGAUGUCAGAGGAUGAGCUGGCGGACACAGCCCAGUUGACUCUCAAGUCUUUGCAUGUUUUGAUUGAUCACCUGCCGCACUGCGUUCCCAAGUUUCUGCAUCGACUGGACACUACUUUGCGAACAUGGAAGCAAAACGGCGCCGAGCCUCCACCGGUUGGGAUGGACGGGAAGUCCAUAGCACAGUUCAUCAAGACGCAGGACAUUGCUGGCUUGAUGAGGGAAUGUCCUGAAGCCGCUUGCGCUUUGCUGGACUAUUGUUCUUUGGAGCCAGAAGUGACGAGUGGCCACAAUCCAUUGCCCACCAGGGUCAGCUUCGCUCCCCGCACAUGGACUCAAAGCCUGCAGAAUGCUUUAAAUCUUCAGAAUGACUUGCUUGCCGCUGGGCCAAGGAAACUUUGAGCCAAUUCAACUUCCAACCCCGAUGUUUUGUAAAGCCACGAUUUUGUAUUGGUGCUUAAAGAUACGCACCUCAGAGCUCUCUAAUCCAACCAGACAAUUGUUGGCGUCAGGUGUUCCACCUGACAGAUCAGGCAAGGUGCAAACGGUGCUGACAGCUUAACAUGACAGGAUGAACAUGUUCUUCCUUUUUGUUUGAUGGGCGCAUUCUACAAAGUUUUGCGUAAAC